AUGCGUUUCGCUACGAGACUUUCGGCGCGCUCAACGAGCUUUGGCAGAUUGCCUUCUGCUACACCAUCCGGUGUGCGGGGUCUCAAUAGCUAUGCCAAUUUCAAGAUUCCAACAAUCAACAAUGAGCCCAAUAAACAUUACAUCCCUGGAUCUCCGGACCGUCGAGGACUGGAAUUGGCACUCGCUCAAUUGAAAGAAUCCAACAUUCGAAACAUUCCCUUGAUGAUUGGAGGCAAAGAGAUCACAACCACCAAGACUUCAGAACAAUUGAAUCCGGCAACCCACAAACCGGUCGCCUAUUACUCUGAGGCAUCCAAAGCCAAUGUCGAAGCGGCCAUUGAAGCUGCACUCGCCGCACGCGGUGACUGGGCUGCUAUGCCGUGGUCAGACCGUGCUAGUAUUUUCCUCAAGGCAGCGGAUUUAAUUUCCACAAAAUACCGCUACGACAUCAUGGCAUUGACGAUGGUUGGUCAAGGAAAGAAUGCUUGGCAGGCAGAGAUUGACUCGGCAGCAGAGCUUUGCGAUUUCUUCAGAUUCGGUGUAAAGUAUGCGGAGGAAGUGUACUCACAACAGCCGGCUCACAAUUCUCCAGGAGUAUGGAAUCGCCUCGAAUAUCGACCCCUCGAAGGUUUCGUAUACGCCAUCAGUCCAUUCAACUUCACAGCUAUCGGAGGAAACUUGGCCGGCGCACCCGCUUUGAUGGGCAACGUUGUUGUCUGGAAGCCAUCACCAUCCGCUAUCGCAUCAGGUCAUCUUGUACACCAAAUUCUGUUGGAAGCUGGCCUACCCAAAGGAGUCAUUCAAUUCGUUCCUGGCAAUGCGGAGGAAGUAACCAGCAGCGUGCUUAAUCAUCCCGACUUUGCAGCUCUCCACUUCACAGGUAGCACAACCGUAUUCCGGUCUCUAUACGGAAAGAUCGCGACUGGGGUUGCCGAGGGCAAGUACAAGGGUUAUCCCCGUAUUGUCGGUGAAACUGGAGGCAAGAACUUCCAUCUUGUCCAUCAAAGCGCCGAUGUUCGGAAUGCCGUUGUUCAAACCGUUCGUGGCGCUUUUGAGUAUCAGGGUCAGAAGUGCAGUGCCACUUCCCGAGCAUACGUCGCUUCGUCUAUUGCAGACGACUUUGUGAAACAAAUUGUCGAAGAAGUGAAGGACUUGAAAGUUGGCGAUCCAACCGACUUUACCAAUUUCUGUGGACCUGUUAUUCACGAGGGAUCUUUCAACAAACUUACAAAGGUGAUUGAUGAAGCCAAGCAAGACCCCGAGCUCGAGUUACUUGCAGGAGGCAACUAUGACUCCUCUAAGGGCUGGUUCAUCGAGCCCACCGUCUACUUGACCAAGAACGCCGAUCAUCCCCUCCUCUCCCGGGAACUAUUCGGACCUAUUUUGGUUCUCUACGCUUACGACGACGCCUCUUCCUCUUCCCUAGCUGAUAUAUGCACCAAGAUCGAACAAACAAGCGAAUACGGCCUCACAGGCUCUGUAUUCGCACAAGACCGCAAGGCAAUCCGCUUUGCCGAGGAUGCUCUUCGCAAUGCUGCAGGUAACUUCUACAUCAACUGCAAGAGUACCGGUGCAGUAGUCGGGCAGCAACCUUUCGGUGGAGCACGUGCAAGUGGCACAAACGACAAGGCUGGAAGCGCAAACUUGCUUUCGCGGUUUGUGAGCUUGAGGUCUAUCAAGGAGGAGUUUAUGCCGACGUAUGAAGUUGCUUAUCCCAGUAACUUUAACUAA